GUUUGUGGAACACGGAGAAUACAAAGAAAAUCUGUAUGGUACAAGUCUUGAGGCAAUCCGGUCCGUGAUGGCAAAAAAGAAGGUUUGUUUGGUGGAUGUGGUACCCGAAGCAGUAAAGCACUUGAGGACUCCUGAGUUUAAGCCUUACGUUAUUUUUGUGAAGCCUCUCAUUCCAGAAAAGAAAAAACAUGUCCUAAAAUCUCCCAUGUCAGAAGAAAUCUCAGCCGCCCUUGAUGAAGAACAGCAGGAAAUUAUUAAUUCAGCGGCAUUCAUUGAAGAGCAGUAUGGCCAUUUAAUUGACACUGUACUGGUGAAAGAAGAUCUCCAGAGUGCAUGUAAUCAGCUGAAAACUGUGUUAGAGAAACUAAACAAGGAUUCAUUUUGGGUGCCAGUCAACUGGGUUAGGUCAUAG